GUCUUCGCCGAGGUAAAACAACAAUGUCGUCAGUUGAGAACAUGAGAAAGUUUGUCCACGAGCGGCUGACUGCUGCUGCGGAAGAAAUAUUCGGAGUUUUUGAAAAAACUAUCUUCGAGUACCAGGAAGAGGUCGACCGUCAGCGCAGACUGCUGGACAUCGUUUGGAAACCUGAAAUAAAGCUACGCAGAACAGAGCUCCCAGAGCAACAUGUCUAUAAGGAUGAGGAGGAGGAGGAGGAAGAAGAGGUUCUCUCUGAGCAGCAGCUCUGUAUUCAGGAGAGGAGCUCCAGUCUGGACCAAGAGGACCCAGUGCCUCCACAGACCAAAAAGGAACAAGAGGAACUCUGCACCAGUCCGGAGGGAAAGCAGCUUGAGCUGAAGCAGGAGACUGAGACCUUCAUGUUGACUCCUACUCAUGAGGAAACGGACCACAGUGAGCCAGAACCCACAACUGACCACCAGCUCGUAGCUGAGAGCCCAGAUCGUAAAGGAAGUGAGCAUGAAGACUCUGAAUCAACCAGAAAUCCGGAGCCAGAACCAAAGAAAAUAGAUCCCAAAAAUAGAAGUCACUGUGACGAUGAGAACUUGUUCAUGAUUCCCAAUGAUACUCAAAUCGGGAAAGCACUUUUCCAAUGUGAUACUUGUGGAAAAACAUUCAAGUGCAGGUCAGGUUUGUCUACACACCUGAGAACACACACAGGUGAGAAGCCAUUUUCUUGCAAAACAUGUGGAAAAGAUUUUCGAUAUAGUGAUGACUUGAAAAGCCACAUGAGAACACACACGGGUGAGAAGCCAUUUUCUUGCAAAACAUGUGGAAAACAAUUCAUUUACGCAUCAACAUUGAAGGUUCAUAUAAGAAUCCACACACGGGAGAAGCGAUUUUCUUGCAAAACAUGUGGAAAGAGUUUUGGACGUAGUGGUAGCUUGACGGUCCACAUGAGAACACACACGGGUGAGAAGCCAUUUUCCUGCAAAACAUGUGGAAAGGGCUUUAGGGAGACAUCAACAUUGAAGUCUCAUAUAAGAAUCCACACGGGUGAGAAGCCAUUUUCUUGCAAUACAUGUGGAAAGAAUUUUAGACGUAGAGCUAACUUGAAGGUCCACACAAGGGCACACACUGGCGAGAAACCAUUUUCUUGCAAAAUAUGUGAAAUGGAUUUUCGAUAUCGUUAUCACUUGAAAAACCACAUGACGACACACAGGUGAGAAGCCAUUUCCUUUCAAAACAUAUGGAAAAUAUUUUGGACGUAAUGAUGACUUGUUGGUUCACAUGUGGAGAGCCCACUCUGGGUAGAAGCCAUAACUGCAAGAAAACAUAAUUUGAGGCUACUCUGUUGACGAGGCUCAUAAGAUCACAUGCGUACAAGUAGCCUUGUAUUUGCAAAAUGAAGAAAAGAUAAUUCAGUUCUCGAGUUCAGUUGUUGCAAAUGUCUGACCAUUUUUCUUUUGUUUUCAUAAUGUGUAUUUACACUUUAUAGUAUUCUCAGAUUCAGAUUGCACUUUAUUGUCAUUGCACAUCGUACGGUUACUGGGGCAACCAAAUGUAGUUUUACAUCUGACCAGAGAGUGCAAAGAAACAGUAUACUGUAAAUAAAAAGUGCACUGCAGAUAUGGUAAAUGGUAGAAAUGUAUAAACAUAUAUAACUGGUAUGUACAAGGAUUAAAUUAAAUAAAUGGUUAAUUAAAAGUUAAAGGUGCAGUGGCUAUAUUUAGGCAUUUAAGGUGCAGUGUGAUUGGGGGAGGGUGUGGAGAGAGGUUGGCCAUGAGAAACAGUUGAGGCUGAGAAACCCUCUCUGUAUUGUUCAGUUAGUAAUGUUGUCAUUAGACAACUUCUGUUUUUGGUCUACCUCAUUUAUUACUUCAAUGUAUUUUGAAAUUCCAUCAACUUAAUUCAAUUAUCGUUGUUUUGGAUUUUUGAGGUGGCCCACACACAAUUUGUAGGUGGUGUGCAACAUGGUGCUGUCAAAGAAUCAAUUAUACAUUUUUGUUUGUAAAAAGCUUA